GUCCAAGGUAGUAGGAGAUUGGAAAGUUCACCAUAACUGAUCAAUUUUCUUUUAUUUUUAAUUUUUUUUUUUAAAAAAGGAUAGAACGAUAAACAAAAGUGCAAAACACAUUAGUAAACUAAUUACAAGUUGUACUUCGUAACUGAUUAAUUUGAUUUAAUUAAGCAGCACACGACAAACCAAUUAAAAUAAUGCAUCAAACAUAAACAAAUGGGAAAUAGAUAAAAAAUUCAACUCUUUAUCCAAUUACUCUUUUCUUCAGAAAUUAAAGUACACCUGAAGUCACAGAAUUGAAGAUUUAUCACAUAAAAAAGAAUGUUGAAAUCAGCUCAAUUUCUACUUCCAUACAUUUUGUUUUCUUUUUACUUCUCUGAGGUUGAUGUUGAUUCUAUCAAUGCCCAUUUAUAUUUGCAUUCCAAUUUUAGCAGCAGGAAAGAAGUUGAAGCACUAAGAAACGAUACCAUGUUAACAGUUUUGAAAGAGGAGUUCACAUUUCCUGUCGAUUCGCCCCCAUUUAAAAACUGUCAUGCUUCUACCAUUGUUGAGGUUGAGAAGGAUCAUUUUUUGGUUGCUUAUUUUGGGGGAACUGAGGAAGGCGCGCCGGAUGUUAAGAUAUGGUUGCAAAGAUAUAAGGAUGGCUCUUGGAGUUCACCUAUUGUUGCCGAUGAAGAACCUUUGAUUCCAAUGUGGAAUCCUGUACUGUUUAAGGCAUGUGAUCAGCUGCUUCUGUUUUAUAGGGUUGGUCAAGGCGUUCAGAAUUGGACCGGAUGCAUGAUGCGUUCAUUUGAUGGAGGUCAUACUUGGACAAAUAGAGAACAACUUCCUCCUGGUGUAUUAGGUCCUAUAAAAAAUAAGCCUAUUCUGUUGGACAAUGGGCAGAUGAUCUGUGGGUCUUCUGUUGAAAGCUGGAACUCUUGGGGGGCUUGGGUGGAGGUAACGUCAGAUUUAGGUAAAACUUGGAGAAAAAAUGGACCAAUAUACAUCCCUGGCGAAGGUCUGAGUGUGAUUCAACCCGUACCUUACCAGACAGCAAAUGGGAGGUUACGGGUCCUUCUAAGGUCUGCUAUUGGUAGAGUUUGUAUGUCCGAAUCCUUAGAUGGUGGUCACACCUGGAGCUACGCACAGCCGACUGCACUCCCCAAUCCUAAUUCAGGAAUUGAUGGGGUGAAGUUAAAGGAUGGCCGUCUUGUGCUUGCUUACAACAUUGAAACGCGGGGAUUACUCAAGGUUGCUGUGUCGUGUGAUGAUGGUGACUCGUGGAUUGAUGCUUUGACACUUGAGGAUACUUCAGACAUGGAAUUCUCUUAUCCAGCUGUCAUCCAGGCCAGCGAUGGAUCAGUGCACAUCACUUACACUUACAAAAGGGAACAAAUUAAGCAUGUUGUACUACAGCUCAAUUGACACGGUGAACCUUAAAUUCCGUGGCAAGCCUGCUGAGUUGAUGCUCAGUGAGUGCUUGUAGACUUCUCCCUCUACUCAGACUGCUGGAUUGUUGCUGAUUUUAAGCUGUGUUGCAUUGACACACAAAUGGACAUAGAUACUAGCAGGAAUUCAAUAAUAAUGUGUAAUAAACUAACUAUUCAGAAAUAAACUAGUUACGUAUUAUUUAUGCUUCUAUACAUCCUACAUCGGCUAUGUGUAUUGGUGUUUGAGUAUGAUACUUGUGACAUUAAUGUGUGGUUUAAGGUCUUCAUGAUCUUAUUAUAUACCUAAGCUGUAGCAGCAAUGUAGCGCUGUAGCUUGUAUCACACCAGUGGAUUGUCACUCUGAACGAGUAGACAUGUCUGUACUCUAUGUCGUAAGCUAAGUUUGAAGUCGCGGUUAUUGUAGCUGUGUCAAGGUUUUGUUAAGGCCUUAAGGGCCUCCCAGUAUAUUCUGCCAAUUAAGUACUCAAUUAACCGACUCUUCGAUGAUGUUGAAGUGGCCUGAGGCAAACAACCUGUGCAUGUAAGAU